AAGCCUUUGAUUGGUUGCUGUCAUGACGUACCCAUGUGGGCGUGAGCGUUAUGAACAUCAACAAAAGAGCAAAAGGAGAAAGGUGAAAGAGGAGAGAAGACGAGAAGGAUUGUACAAUAGAAGAGGAACAGAUAUGUGGAUUUAACCGGCAUUAACAGGAAAAUACUGUGGUGAAAACACAAGAUCACUUGCUUCAGUGCCAGAGACAUGGAUGCCUUCAAGCUGAUGAAGGAGCUGAGGGUGAAUUAUGAGCAGGAGGUUCAUUAUCUCCCUAAGGAGACGGGCCUGAGCCUCAUUGAAUCCACAAUGCAGGAUGACAGUCGGAUCUCAGCCAAGUGCAGAGAUGCCAAAGUGGAGGACCUGUGGAGUCUGACCAGCUUCUUUGGUUACAGCACGCAGACCUUUGUCCUGGCUGUUAACCUGCUGGACAGAUUCCUGGCCAUGAUAAGGAUCCAGCCGAAGCACCUGUCCUGUGUCAGCCUCAGCUGUCUCCAUAUGGCGGCCAAAGUGACGGAGGAGGAGUGCAACCUGACGCCCACAGACGAGCUUAUCCGCAUCGGACAGUGCAGGUUCACCGUGUCUGACCUCGGACGAAUGGAGAAGAUUGUUGCAGAGAAGCUCAACUUCAAGUCCAAAGCAGUCACUGCCUUAACCUUUCUGCACCUGUACCAUCAGAUUGCACUUUCACACUCGACAGACAGGAAGGAGACUCUGAGCCUGGAGAAGCUGGAAGCUCAGCUCAAAGCCUGCCUGUGCCGAAUCUCCUUCUCUAAAGCGAAGCCGUCCGUCCUUGCCUUGUCUCUCCUGAAGCAGGAGAUCGAAGCCAUGCAGUCGGAGGACUUGUUGGAGAUAGCCUAUCACAUCCAGAGACACUUGAAGAUUGCAGAUGGCGAGCUUCUGCUGUGGAGCGAGCGCGUGGCUCUGUGUCUGUCGGACUACGCCUCCCCCGAAUGCAGCAAACCCGACCACAAGAAGCUGCAGUGGAUCGUGUCACGGCGGACAGCCCAGAACCUGCACAGCUACCGCAGCGUCCCCGAGCUGCCCACCAUCCCCGAGGGUUGCUGGGAUGAAAGCGAGAGCGAGGAUUCGUGUGAGGACGCGAUGAGUUCGGGUGAAGAAUCUCUCAGCAGCUCCCUGGGCAGCGAUGCUGAAGGGCCCUACUUCCCUCUGCACCUCCGCCGCCAAAAACACCGCCAGCACCUCCACGUCUGACGACUCUGCCACAACGUGCCUCGCCGCCUCCACCCGCCCCUCUAACCUCUUUAAUUUAUUGUUCAAUAAGCUCCGAUGCUGGUGGAGAAUCGCACAACAACUGGCAGCUGAGCAGUCCGGACCCUUCUUGGUAGACCUGGUAGAUUUUAGUUUGUAGAUUUGUUGGUGCAUGUUGAGAUGUCACAUUCCAGGAUGCAAGAUUUUAAGAAUAUUGACGCAAUGUUAUACAUAUUUAAAAAAAAAAAAUCAGUGGACUGUGCUGAAUCUGGUCCUCAUGGUGCUGAGCUAGCAGACACUGCAGUCAGAUUAAAAAAAAAAAGAAUUAGUCGUUAGGAUGUCAGCUCAGACCAGAAACGGUUUGUGUUUUGCAGAGAAAACGUGCUAAAACUUGUGGUGUCUAUUUAAUAUAAUGUUUUGGGUUUUGUUUUUUGUUUUUUUUGACUGUUAUUAAUUUAAGACGGUUGUUAUUGAGGGUAAGGAGGAGAUUUCUUGAUGUACAGAAGCUGAGAGCGGCUGCAGGCUUACUGUCUGAGUGAUCCAAGACUCUGAGCUAAUGUAUCUUAAGAUAACAAAUAAUGCUGUUUUUGGUGCCCAUGUUUACAGUGUUAAUAUAGUCAAAGAAAAGCGCACUGAUGACAAGAUGGCCACCUGUUAUCUUGGAAUCAGAACUUUAAUUAUGAAAGGUUGCAACAGAAUUGUGUUGAACCCAAGCCCUGGUUCUGUUUCCAGAUAAGGGCUAAAACAUGAAGUAGAGGUCUUCACGAGUUCACUGGGUCCUGAGACUUGUCCUGGGCCUCGUGCUCUGUGUGGACCCGUUUGGAUCCAGUGUUGUAUUAGUGCAGUUCACAUUGGGUGUCACAGUUUCCAUGAAUCCGUUUCAAUUCAACCUGCAUUUGUUGUUUCUUGAUAACAGCUGCUCUCACCUUCUGUUCUUACAUUUGCACAGUUUUCUUUUUAUCUCAUUUCAAGUGUUAAAUGGGCACACUGGAAGUUUGAAUUUGUGUCCGAAGGUAAAUAUCAGUUGUUCACUGAGUGUUCAGAGCUCACGUUCAGUCGGCGAAGUGCCUUGCUUAACGGCAACAGGGCAGAGAUCUGAAUCAGCUCCAACGCGGCCUGACUUUUCCUUCAGAUUCAAACCCUGCUGACACCGCAGGGUGUUCAGAAAACAACAUUUUACUAAGUGUGUUUGUGGAUGUGUGUAUGUAGGGCCCUGAUUUAAAUUCAAAGUUGCCAAUUUUAGGAUGUAGCUUAAAAACAAAAACAAGUCUUGUGUUUUGAAACUUUUGAGAGGAUGUUGUUUGAACAAAAUAUUGCUGACGGAGUGUCAAAAAAAAAAGUCUAAAAAUGUCAAAAAUGUUAAUACAAAAACAUGUAAAACUGUAAAUGUUGUACAAAAAAAAUCUGUUAAUAGUUCUUUGUAGAUAUUAAGUUAUUUAUUCUCUUUUUGUCACCUGUACUGAAAAAAAAAAUCUUAUAAAAAUCUUAUUUUUUA